AAUAGCUGAAGAACCUCAAGCGUGGCUUUAUAUUAAAACCUUCCAAUUUAGGUCUAAAAUAAUAAUUAUUUUUUUGUUUGAUGAACAACCAAAGUUCAUAAACGUGAUGAAAACCUCAAAUAUGUAAAUCUCAAUCCAUAUAAGCUUUUACUAGCAAUUUUUUUUUAAAACAACUUUUACUACUUGAUACCUAUAUUGCUCAGGUAAUAAAAUAAGAUAAAACCCAAAUCUUCAAUUCAUAAAACCAACUUCCAGACAUGAAUGAAGUUAAUUGGACUCAAACUUUCGGCCUGCAGUGUAUAACGACGAAGUAUACGAGCUAUUCAAUGGGUUUUCGCUAGUCAAGAAACUAUAUUAACAUCAACGUUCCAUAAAGUUUUCAAUCAUAAUUCAGAGCGUACAAAAAGCAGAGGUACUUUAGCACCUAUGAAGAACAAACUUUUAAUCAGAUCUCAAAGGGCUUGUGUUGCCAAAUAUGACUGGAUAUUGAGCUAGCCGGAAGAUACUAUUGAAUAUAGCGGAUCAGUGCGGGACCAGAUUAAAAGAAAUGUCUGCUGUUCAUCUUUAAAUUCGAAAAUGCGAAAUCAAAAAAUAGUAAAAACUGGAAAAUUGUCAGCACUAAAAAAAUAUAAUUAAUUAAUUUCAUUAUGGUGUGCCGAUUGUGCUUAACUGAUACUGGUCAAAGUAUUUUUAUAUUUAGUGAAGAAAAAAUCCAAAAGUAUAUUGCAAAGUUUUUACAACUUGAGCUCUCACCUGAAGAUACAAUAUCCAAAUUUAUUUGUUGUCCGUGUUGGGAACAAUUGGAUGGUUUUCAAAAAUUCUGUUUCCAAAUUGAAGAAGCUCAGAAAACUCUUCAAAAAGCCAAUGAAGAAGCAAAAGUUCCAACUAAAGAAAUUGAUUGCGAACCACCUCAAAGCGGGGAAAUAAGUUUUGAUACCUUUAAUUCAGAUAUAGGUCUAAAUCUACUAAAAGAAGAAAGUAUAGAAAGCACAUUCGAUGAUAACAGCGAUAUCGAUGAUGUAUUGUUCUGCCUGGACGGAGAUAAUGUAAAAGUUGAGUUACAUAACGAAGAGUCUACAACUGCAAUUGCAACAAAUCGUUCUCCUAAUACUAGUGAAUCUACUCCAACACAAAGAGUUACACGAAGGUCAGCCAUUCAAAAUGCUGAAACUGAAACAACUUCUGAAAUAUCACCAAAAAAGAGAAAAACCACUCGAGUUAAAAAAGAAGAAGUUGAAAAUCAGGACGAAAUAGAUGAAAAAGACGAACAAAAAGAACAAGAUGCAGAGAACAAAAAUACCGAUUCUGGAACAACUGCGAAAAGAAAAAGAGGUCGACCAAAAAAAGGUGAAGAAGUUACUCCGAAAAAGGUGAAAUCGGUUAAAUCUGAAAAAUGUUCGAAAAUCUUUCAAACUGCUAGAGAGUUUGAUGUUAUUAUAAAGCAACACAUGACUCUAUCGUGUGACGUUUGUUAUGUUAAAUUUGUUGAUUUUGCCGAAUUGAAGAAACAUUUUCGACAUGUUCACAAAAGCAGGGGCUAUGCUGUUUGUUGCAAUAAAAAAUUAUUCAAAAGAGGUUUGGUUGUAGAUCAUAUCAAUGUGCAUAAUAAUCCAGAACAUUUUAAAUGCACAAAGUGUGAUAAGGUGCUAGCUGAUAGAAUGUGCCUUCGCAAUCAUGACCUUUUGUUCCACCAAAACGAAGAAUCCUUAAUCUAUCAAUGCGAGCAUUGUCCUGAGAAGUUUGCCAAAAAGUAUUUAUUGGAUCAUCAUAAUGUUAAACAUAUUCGAAAGGACAAAACCAAAUUGCAAUGUCCCACCUGUGGAAAUGGUUUCCUUACCGAUGCAACAUUGCAGAAGCACAUACAAAAAAUCCAUUCUACAGAUUAUGACAAUAUUUGUGAAAUCUGUGCCAAGAUUGUUCGUGGCAAUGCCGCUUUUGAGAGGCAUAUGAAAGAGCAUGAAGGCAUUGUCUUGCCACGGUUUCAAUGUAAUAUAUGUGGAAUGUGGCUAAAGACUAAACGUAUUUUGGUAAAACACAUUGAAAAACACGAUGGCAGAACAUACCCUUGCAAAGUUUGUGGCAAGCAUUCGGCAUCGAAGAGUGCUUUGCAAAGUCACAUGAGUUAUGUGCAUGAUUUAUCACGAAAAUAUAGUUGCACGCUUUGUGAUAAGUCAUUUAAAAAAGCUGUUGCUCUUAAAGAACACAUGACAACCCACACCGGAGAAGUACUUUACACAUGUCCGCAUUGUCCAACAACAUUCAAUUCUAGAGCCAAUAUGCAUUCGCAUCGAAAGAAAAAGCAUCGAGAAGAAUGGGAAGCCAACAGACUUUUGCUUAAAAAAGAACUUUUAGAAAAACCAGCAGAAUAGAAAUAAUUUAUUUGGAUACUGCUUAUUAAACUUAAUUGAAAGAUAUUUCAGAAUUAUUGUAUUUAUAGAAAUUUCUAGAUGAACAUGUUUUUAUAAUUUGAUUUUAUUAAAAUAAAGUAAGAUAAAAUUUUAAUGUAUACAAAA